AUGGGAAACACAGAAACAUUAAAUAAGCCAAUCAGACAAAGUAGUAGUGGUUCAUCUUCUCCAAACUUCUAUAAACAGAUAACUUCUAAUGCCAGUUGGAAUGAUCUUGACAAUAAAAUAGCUUCAGGACUAAUUUUAGAUGAAGUAAAUGAAGACGACAAGAUGGAAAUAAACAAAAAAAAAUUGAAUUUAUCUCCUGAAUUUGCUAAUUUAGAGUACAAAGUGAAAUUCUUUACUCAAAGAGUUUCAAAUUCUCCCUCAAACUCUAAAUAAUAUGAAGUUACUUAGACUGGUAAAACGAAUAAUAAUAGGUAUGAGGGAACAUUUAAAGAUGGUUAACUCUUCGGCUAAGGCAUCUAUUUUUAUCCAUCAGGCAGUAUAUAUAUGGGUGGAAUAAAAGAUAACGGAAGAGAUGGUUAAGGUGUCUUCUACUUUGCUAAUGGAAAUAUCUACUCUGGCUAGUGGUAAAAUAAUGAUUAAUCAGGCUUAGGAAAAUUCUUCUUUGUAUAAAAUGAAAAAUUAUUCUAAUUUUAUUAUGGGUAUUUCAAAAACUCGCUUUAUUAAGGAUUUGGGUGCUACUGCUAUCAAUAAAAAUAUUACAUUGGUUUUUGGAAAGAAGAUAAAUACGAAGGCCAUGGAAAAAUAUUUUCAUUUGAGGGUAAACUAGUUAGAUGCGGAAUCUUUAAACAAGAUAAACUAAUAUAAGAGCUACCUGAAGAAGAAAUCUAAUUCCCUCAAAAUUGGUAGUCAUUUUUACCUAAUUUCAGCAGAGAGCUAAACUACUUUUAGGAAUUAAUAAGCAAUAAGCCUCUCGUUUGA